AACAAACAUGGCGGCCAAAUUGUAAAUAGACCGUCAAUAUUUUUGAAAAAGAGUUGAAUUUAUUGUAAUAGCUUCAUAGAUUUUGCCAGAAAGAUGUCGGCCAAAGUUAAUCGGCUUCCGGAUUCUGAGCCUCCUAUGUACUUACAGAGGCCAUCAUCUGGAAAGUCUCAAGAUGUCACUCAUAUCCUUGCUAGUACAUUCCGGGAAUUAUUCACCCGCGAUUUUGUAGAACAGGAAAGAGUCAAGAAUUUGAAUAUAUCCCGCAGUACCGAUGAUGAAUACCAUGAGAGAUAUGUUGAACAACUUAGAAAGGUGCAAGCCGAGCGGGAACGAAGAAUGGCAGAGGCUGCUAUGUUAGAGCGCCACAUCAUGCAAGCACGGGCACGUGCCAUGUCAGCUGAUGAGAGAGACUUAAACAAAGCCGCAGAAGGACACAAUAUUUAUCAUAAUUUAGGAUUACCUCCAGUGGAGUCCAAUUAUAAGUAUUGUUUAGACAGUGAAAUGUUAAAGCAACAUCAUUUGAUUGUACCUGAAGAUUUCUCCACUGCUGAACCGCCUCUAGCACCGCCUCCCAGAGCCUCAUCCAGACCACACUAUGCAAAAGAAACUGUGACUUCCACAAAACAUAUUGAAGGAAUUAAACCAGUUUUACCAAAGAUAGAAGAAGAUAGUAGGUCCAAGCCAGAAAAAACAAGCUUGGAUAACUGGAAAGAACACAUGCAUCCUGCAAAGAGAGAAAUUGACAGGACAGAUUUAGCCCUUUUACAUCACAGAUCAGAUUUUCUACGAAAUCCCAGGCAUAGACCUCCAUCUGCACCAGAAGGUUCGAAAACUUUAAUAAAACCCAACACAAUCAAACAUAAACUUGGUGGAGCAAAGGCACAGGUCAUAGAAACAGCAAAAGUGAAGGAGCCAUCUGUUGUAUUCCUGGCGUCUCCUGAGACAGUGGUAUUUUCAAAUUAUCAAGUGGGUCAUGUUUAUGAAAUGACUUUGGAAUUGAAAAAUAUAUCAACAGCCAGUCGUCAGUUGCGUGUUAUACCACCGAAGUCACAGUAUUUUACAGUUGGUCUUGGAAAAUUCCCGGGAGAGCAAGGUAUUGUUGCACCUGGUAUGAGUGUCCAGUAUAAUAUACGCUUUGUACCAGAUUCACUCAUGGACUAUGAUGAUUUCAUAACUAUACAAACACAGUCAAGUACACCUUUAAAAGUCAAAUUACAAGGAAGAAGGCCACCACCACUGUUAACAUUACCAUCAGUGAUAGACUGUGGACACUGUCUUGUUGGUGGUGUCAAGAUUAGUCAAUUUAUUGUUAACAACUAUGGUGGUCAUGGCAGGUUUUGUAUCAUGCCAAGGCAAGAGUGGCCACAUUUCAGGGCACUAUCUAACGUUGUUGAUUUGCCGCCAUUCCACGUACGACCUGCCAUGUUUGAACUACCUGCAAACCAGGCAACUAUAAUAGAGGUUGUUUUCAAGCCGUCCUUCGUCAAAACGUUUACUCAGGAGAUCACUGUAAUAUGUGAUAACUGCCAAGUACAACAUUUCACUCUCAAAGGUGAAGCACAGCUUGCUAGUGUGGAGUUAUCCUUGGUAUCUGAUGGUGAACAGUUUUCAAUGCUUGGUGAACUAUGUGAUGCUACUGCUCAACAUCUUGUUAAGUUUGAUAAUCUCAAUCCUAUGACAUAUACCCAGAAGACAAUGGUUGUUAGAAAUAAAACGAACGUUGAGUUACCGUUCACAUGGCAAGUAUUCAAGCCACACAUUGAGAAUCCCUACCCAGGUGAAGAGGAUAUGAAUUCAGGUCUUAUUGUACGAUAUCCUAACUAUGAAAGUGUGUUCUAUAUAACACCAGAUAGUGGAUCAUUACCACCUGAUAAUACACAGGAAUUUACCAUCACGUUUGCUCCUAUGAAGGUUGGUGAUUACCACGAUACAGUCCACCUCAUACUGCAACAGAUACCUGAAAUACAACAAUUAGAAGAAAAACAAGAAGAAGACGAAGGAAAUGUGCAACAUUACAAAGAUGAAGGAUUUGAUGAUGAGAGACGCAGCACGUCUGAAAGUAUUAGCAGUAUGCAAAGUAGUAAACCCAAAACUCCAGAUGAGAUAGCUGUGCAGGAUAUGACUGGAUUGGAAAUUGAAAUCAAAGGUGCAUGUGAUCCAUUAGAUGUACAGGUUAAGCCAUAUGCUAUAGUUGUACCAGGGAAGUUAUUAGUUACAACCACAAUCAGAAGACAGUUUUUGAUGGAAAACCACAGUAUGUCAUCAGCAAAAUACAAGUGGUCAUCUCUGAGAGACUGCCAUAUUAUCGAAAUAGAACAUCCUGAGGGUGAGAUAGAUGGAGGAGAUACAUUUGAAAUGAACAUGAGUAUAUCUGGUGGAAAACCUGGUAAAAUAGAUCAUACGUUGAUAUGUCAAAUAGAACACCGAAUUGAACCGUUAACAUUGAGGAUACAGGCUGAUAUCAAGGGUCCUGAAGUUGUUGUAAGAACCCCAUCAUUAGAUUUUGGUCUUGUGAAGCAUGGAGAAAGUGCUACUCAUGAUAUUGUGAUUGAGAACACAUCACAGAUUGCAGCUAAAUGGAAGAUACAGGAAAGUAAUGAGUUCCUGUCAAAGGAUUCCCCAGAAAUACCAGCUGUUUCAAAUUUUGUCUUCACUCCUGCUGGUGGAGAACUGUCUGCUCUUGGAUCUGUCACUGUUAAGGUAUUAUUCCAGCCCACACUAUGCAAGCGAUACAACACCGUAUUUGAUAUUAUGAUUGAAGAAGGAGUCAACAGCUUUUUAUCUGCAUGUGCUGAAGUACAACAUCCACAAGCUUGUCUGCUUUCAUGUCAACUGAAUAUGCCUGAAGUAUAUGUUGGUGUGCCAGUGAGAAAUACUAUCAAACUACUGAAUCAAACAUUGUUACCAGCUCAAUAUAAAUGGGGAGAGCUUGAAGGUGAACAUGCACCACAUUGCGUUAUUGAACUGAACCCUAAUACUGGAUGUCUUGGAUCCAGAGAAGAACUCAGUAUAGAUGUCACUUUCACAGUAAAUCAACCGGGUGAAGUUAAUGAUUGUAGAAUUCCAUGUACAGUGGAAGGCAUGGAUAGACCCAUCUAUCUGGCUUUAUUCUGCGAUGUCAAGGGAUUAGUUGUAUUUUAUAAAACACCAAAGACUGAUUUUCAACCCAGGGAAGAGGUAACAGAUGAAACAUUGUCACUCAAUUUUGAAGAAGUGAACCUUGGUUGUAACGCAAAGAGAUAUGUACAUAUAACAAACACGACUGCUAUCGCUGCUUCUUUCAAUAUAGUAGUUGAUUAUUUUGUAGCUGGUAAACCACCAACACCACCAGAUAGGAAAGAUGCUGCAAGGUUAAGUGGUCAAAGAAGAGGAUUGUUAGGACGUACACCAAAUUUGGCUGAUCCAUUAAGCAAGACAAGUAGCAAAGCACAGGCAGAUUACACCAAAGCUGUGCUGAGAGAUGGUCGUGGUACAUCAUUUAUUAUUCAACCAGAGACAGGCAUACUCCCACCAUUUGGUGAACAAGUCAUUGAAGUGACUGCGUAUUCUGAUAUGUGGGGACAGUAUAGUGAUAUUCUGAUUUGUAAAGUUGAAGAUUUGGAUCCUGUAAUCAUUCCUAUUGAGAUGACAGUAGUUGGAUGCCCACUGAAUUUUCAAAUGAUGGCUGCAAUAGAGGAGCAAAUGCCAAUCAUCAGGUUUGGUACCCAUGUGUCUGGUGUACAGCCAGUUACCAGGACCAUGAGAGUCAAUAACACCAGUCCAUAUGAUAUACGCUUGGAUUGGCAGACAUAUAAUCUUGGUGAGGAAGAUAGUAAAUUAGUAGAUCUAUUGUACAAUAUUGGAGAUCCAUUCCCAUUGUUAGAUGAACAUGGGGAGGAGAUUGUACCAACAGAAGUCAUCGAUGAACCACCUCCAGUUGAACCACCGAGAGAUAAAUUCUAUGCGGAGACGCCAGACACUGAGUUGACAACACCAGGACAGCGUAGCUUAGCAACAACUCAUGCACAUGAGGAGGAGAAGAAACCAUGGAAACUUAUUACUAUUAAAAUGAGAGAACAUGAAGGUGUCAUGAGAACAGAACCAUAUGAUAUCCAGCCUAGACAAGUGGUGAUCCCAGCGAGAAGUCACAUCAGUGUUACUGCCAGUUAUACACCAUACACUAACUCAACCGUAGAAAGCGGUACAGAUUGUGUCGGCUAUGCAUUGGGUUUUAUGAGUCUUGACAAUGAUAGAGUGCAAAGUAUAAAAGGCUGUGUACAAAGACAACAAGCAUUAGAUGUGAUGCCAUUAAGAUUGGAUUUCACAGCGCACGUCAAGCCAGCAUUGCUUACUCUUGAGACUGUGGAUGAUGAUGGUAUGAUAUACAAUGCUGCAGUUAGUGAUCUGAUGCAAGGCACUCAACUUCAAAGUAACUACAUGAAAACAUGCAGCUGUAAACUUACUAAUAUGACAGAAACUCCACUGACAUUUAAACUUGUUACUCUACAACCAUUCGUCUUGGUCAAUCUGGAUCCACCUGAAAGCAAUUCGCUGUUCAGACAGAAAUCAUCCAUCAAAAAACAAGGCAUUAACGAAAGUCAAUUGUACACACUGCGUCCACAGUAUAAUCUACAGGUAUUGUGA